GCUUCAAACAUGGCCACCUUUGUUUGCAUUGCCGAUGUUUUGAUCAUUUGACGUAACUCAGAAGAACACCACUUCGGUAUUGAUUUUUAAAAUUUAAAGAGCUGCGAUGAAGUCGUGAAGAACUACACCAAACGAGAGAAGAGAAUGGCACAAGGAACACAGAAAUCCUGAGACAGCAAGGUAACCCUUCGAUUGCAAGCGUGUGAAUCAUGAUUAUGUAUUCAAUGGUCGAAAAUGGCGACUGCAAAUGCGAGUUGUAACUACUAAUACUCUCAGCUAAAAAUCAAUAGCGAACAAUAAUGUAUGAGCUUGCCACUCUGAGAUUUCACUUGACACAGCGGCAUACUAAUGUCUAAAUUCAAGAUAUGAUGUCGAGGGGAUAUACACCGGGUAAACCCGUAUCGAGAUGGGAGGCGGAUUCGGAUAAUAUUGACAUUGAAUAUAAAAAUCUGGAUCAACCGAGGCAACAGUCAAUGGUUAGUGAAUGUUUUUCGGGUGGCAAAGGAUGUGUGUUAAAAAUAUUGAUGAUUGGUGUCAUCUUUGUGAUAGGAUUAAUUUUUGGAUAUUUUGUACGGAAGACUGGACAUAAAAUCUUUAUUUCACCAAGUGUUCAGUACCAUGGAAUAUUACAGGACUACGACGCUGCGAUCAGUAAAAAACUGCAGUCUAGGGUGACUCACGUUGACAAUUACAUUGACAGUAUUAAAACAUUAACAUCACAAUCUGAUAUCAGAAUUUCUGGAAUGGGAAAUUUAAAUGGUUUAGUAAAAUAUGUGGUUAACAUGUGGACUACUUUUCACUUUGACACUGUCAAAGUGAAAAAAUAUAAAGUGCAGCUGUCUUAUCCAGAUUAUACAUCGCUAAACCAAGUGACAGUAAACUUAAACACUGCUGAAAAUAAAUCUCAAAUCUUCCUCUCAAAAUCAAAUGCUUCUAACGAAAACGUAGCCUACCUACCAUUUAAUGCCUAUGCAAAAAGCGGGGUCGUAAAGGGUCCGCUCGUUUAUGCUCAUUAUGGACGGAAAAAAGAUUUUGAUAUUUUGAAUAAUUUAAAUGUUGAAGUGAAUGGUAGCGUUGUGUUGAUACGUUACGGUCGGAUACAUCCUGGAAACAAAGUGAAGCAUGCCGAGGAGGCUGGGGCUGCAGGGGUUGUGUUAUAUUGUGACCCCGAUGAUUACACUGAUGGUAGUGGUAACAUCGAUGGUACGUGGUGGUUGCCGAGUUGGGCAGUGCAGCUUUCCCAUGUCCGAUACAACCUGGUCGGCGACCCCAGUACCCCGGAUUAUACGGCGACUCCCGAUUCUUCCCUUUCGAACAAUAGCAACAUGUUCCCCUCCAUUCCGGUCUACCCGAUAAUGUACAGUGAUGCGGACCAACUGAUGUCCUUUAUUGACAACAGUACAUUGGUGCCCAGUGAUUGGAACGGUAAAUUAAAAUCUGAAUAUUACGCGGGUCCAAGACGAGGAACUACUGACCAUAACUAUUUGGUAGAAGUAACAGUGAAUAAUUCUCCCGAAAAGCGAUUUGUUUCCAAUGUUAUAGCUUCGAUCAAAGGCAAACACGAACCUGAUCAUUUUGUUAUAAUCGGUAGCCAUAUCGAUUCGUGGACACAAGGUGCUGUAGAUGCAGGCACCGGAUUUGCAAUCCUAAUGGAUUUGGCUAGGACAUUUUCAGAUCAAAUCGUGGAAGGGUGGAGACCAAGAAGAACUAUCAUAUUUGCUGUUUGGGACGCUUCCAAAUAUGGACACAUCGGUUCCUAUGAAUGGGUCCAAGAGUACGAGAAACAGCUAGGUACCGGCGCUGUUGCUUACAUUAAUCUGGACUCUGCCAUAAGAGGUAACUACAGUUUCUAUGCCGAAAGUAAUCCUUUGUUGUACGAUGUUAUUUACAAAGCAGCCAUGUCAGUAAACUGCGUCGACAGCCAUCAAAAUGAAAUGAGUGUUUAUGAUAUGUGGAAACAAAAUUUCCGCAGCACUGAAAUUCCGAACAGACCCGAAAUUAAUGGUUUGGCAGGAGACAGUGACCAAUCCCCAUUCUCCUACCGUAUCGGUGUGCCUUCCAUGUCUGUAGCUUAUACCUACGAUACUAAAACUUACUCGAAACUACCUACUUAUCCCGCAUAUAGUACUUUAGAGGACACGCUAGAAUAUCUUCAAACUUACAUUGACGCGAACUUUACCCGCCAUAUUGCUGUCAAUCAAAUCUUAGCAGACAUCGUUCUGCAGUUGGCAGAUUCAGCGUUGCUUCCUUUCAACAUUACUAAUUACAUCCAUAUUGUUAAAAUGGGACAUAGGUGUUUGAAUAAGUACCAAAAUGAGUUCCAAGACGCGUCUAUUGCUCUUGACGAAUUGAAUAGUGUCAUUGAUACGUUUAUCAACUCCACGCAGCAGUUCCAGAAAAACUUUACAAAGACUGGCAUCAGUGAGUAUCAGUUGCAUUCAAAAAACGAAAAAUUAUUGCAUCUGACCCGCGCUUUUAUAGUGGAGAGAGGACUACCUAACCAGUCCCAAUACAGAAACUAUUUGGUAGCUCCCCACGUGGAAAAUAUUAACGAAGAAACUGUUUUUCCGGGAAUUGUAAGCGGCGUGUUACACGGGAAAACGACGGGGGACUGGGACGUCUUGCGACACCAGGUUGCGAUUCUAACAAUAACGCUACAACGUGCCAGUAGCAUAUUAAACGACGAAAUCCACACCCAGUCAUAAUAUUUUAUAGCAAGAAGCGUGCUGUGUCUAAGAAUUGACAUUUUGUGUUGUUGUUUUUUUUUUUGAAUGCAUAAUUUGAAGCUGAAAUCCCAUACCUUUGCUUUUUAUAGACAUAACAAUACUUUUUAUUGGCUUUCUUGAAAGAUGUGCUGAUAUUAUCUUUUGGGGGAUUUUUCUCACAAUGUUUUCUUUUUUAUUUUUUUGUGUAUAGUCUUUGUCUCUAUAUAUUGUUCGUAUAGAAAAUGUGGUCCAAGUUGUUAAUUGUUGAUGUCUAUUAAUAUAAUUAAUAAUCAUAAUUUCUUCCAGUUCAUAUGAUAAUAAAAGCUCGUUGUUUUCUAAUUGUCA